UGCAAGAUGCAUUUUGACGGGCGCAAGUGCAAGCUGCUGCUCACCUCCGUGCACGAGAACGACAGCGGGAUCUACACCUGCAAGCUCAGCACUGCCAAAGAUGAGCUGACCUGCAGCGCCCGGCUGACAGUGCAGCCCUCUGUGCAGCCACUCUUCACCCGCAAACUGGAGGAUGUGGAUGUGGUGGAAGGGCGGACAGCACGGUUUGACUGCAUGAUCAGCGGGACUCCCACCCCGACGGUCACCUGGACCCAUUUUGGUAAUCCCCAACCCCAAGAGCUUGCCAAGGGCCCUGCAGCGAGACCUCUCCACAUCUCCUUGGGGGCUGCACCCAAGGGCUGGCAACCAGCUGGGGCUGGGAGAGGUGGCCAUGUGGAAUGCUCUGCUGAGCUCUACGUGGAGGAGCUGCGGCCAUCUGCCACCUCCCAGAUCUCCAAGUUGGAGAAGAUGCCAUCCAUCCCGGAGGAGCCAGAGCAGGUGGAGAUGGAGACAGAAUGCUUUACCAUGCCUGAUUUCCUGAAACCACUGCACAACCUGGACGUGGUGGAGUCCAAGGAGGCUGUGCUGGAGUGCCAGGUGGCCGGGCUGCCCUACCCCUCCAUCACCUGGUUCCACAAUGGUUCCCGCAUUGAAAGCACUGACGACCGCAAGAUGAUGCAGUAUAAGGAUAUCCAUCGCCUGGUGUUCACAUCUGUCAGCCACACUCACGCAGGUGUCUAUAAAAGCGUGAUUGCCAACAAAGUGGGGAAGGCCACAUGCUACGCACACCUCUAUGUCACCGAUGUGGUGCCAACCCCUCCGGAUGGGCCCCCCACCGUGGCCUCAGUGACUGGCAGAGCCAUCACACUGACCUGGAACAAGCCCAAGUGGCUGGACACUGCCAUAGAUCCCAAGUCAGUGACCUACACAGUGCAAAUGCAAGUGCUGGGCACGAUGCAGUGGCUGGUGCUGGUGGCUGGUGUGCAGGGCACCACCUACACGGUGCAUGGGCUGACCAAGGGUGCCCAGUACCUCUUCCGUGUCAUCACUGCCACCCCCAAGACCAACAGCAAGCCAUCCCCACCUGUGGGACCUGUGCAGCUCCUGGACCGGGGUAAGAAGGGCAGUGAGGCCCCAGUCAUCCUGGACAAGCCAGAUGUGGUGUACGUGGUGGAAGGCCAGCCAGCCUCCAUCACCAUCACCAUCAAUCAUGUGGAGGCCACUGUCACCUGGAAGAGCUGCUGUGCCUGCAGGGGCAGGCAGGUGCUGGGGGAGCUGGAGGGCGUGUGCGAAGCAAUGAUGCCGGACGACGACCAGCACUGCCUGCAGCUGCUGUGUGUGGGGCACGGGGCUGUGGGGCCACUGACCUGCGAGGUGAGCAACCGCCACGGCACUGCCCGCUGCACCCUGCACCUCCACCUCGCAGAGGCACCACGCUUUGAGUCCAUAAUGGAGGACAUCGAUGCCCAGGAAGGGGAGACGCCACGCUUUGCUGUGGUGGUAGAGGGGAAACCACUGCCAGACAUCAUGUGGUACAAGGAUGGGGAGCUGCUGGAGGAGAGCAGCCACCUGAGCUUCGUAUACGAGGACAACGAGUGCUCCCUGGUGGUGCUGGGUGCUGCCGAGCCCGACAGCGGUGUCUACACCUGCACGGCCAAGAAUCUGGCUGGGGAGGUGUCCUGCAAGGCAGAGCUGGUGGUGCGGGCAGCCCAGCCUGCUGCUGAUGCCGCCAUGGAGGAGGAGCUGCACAAGGCGCGACACCUGACUGACUAUUAUGAUGUGCAUGAGGAGAUUGGGAGGGGGGCCUUCUCCUACUUGCGGAGGGUGACGGAGAAGAGCAGCCGUCUGGACUUCGCUGCCAAGUUUGUCCCUGGGAGGACCAAGGCCAAGCAGUCAGCACGGCGGGAGCUGCACAUCCUCUCACAGCUGGAUCACGAGCGCAUUGUCUUCUUUCACGAUGCCUUCGAGAAGAAGAACGCUGUCAUCAUGGUCAUGGAGCUCUGCGCUGAGGAAGAGCUGCUGGACAGGAUGGCAAGGAAGCCCUCAGUGUGCGAGUCUGAGGUCCGGUCCUACAUGCGGCAGAUCCUGGAGGGGCUCUGCUACCUGCACCAGCACAUGGUCCUCCACCUGGACAUCAAACCAGAAAACCUCCUGAUGGCGGAUUCGAGCAGCGAGCAGGUCCGGAUCUGCGACUUUGGCAAUGCACAGGAGCUAACACCCAAGGAGCCCCAGUACUGCAAAUACGGCACCCCCGAGUUUGUGGGCCCCGAGAUCGUCAACCAGAGCCCUGUCUCGAGCGUCACUGAUGUCUGGCCUGUGGGGGUCAUCGCCUACCUCUGCCUGACAGGGAUCUCCCCUUUCGUGGGGGAGAACGAUAAGACAACGCUGAUGAACAUCCGCAACUACAAUGUGGCCUUUGAGGAGAGGAUGUUCCAGGGGCUCACCCGGGAAGCCAAGGGAUUUGUCAUCAAAGUGCUGGUCAAUGACAGGCUGAGGCCCAAUGCGGAGCAAACCCUGGAGCAUCCCUGGUUCAAGACUCUGGCCAAGGGGAAGAUCAUCAGCACUGACCACCUAAAGCUCUUCCUCUCCCGUCGGAAAUGGCAGCGCUCACAGAUCAGCUACAAGUGCAACAUGGUGCUGCGGCCAAUCCCGGAGCUGCUGGAGGACACAUCCAACCACCUCUCCAUCGCUGUGCCCCGGCACCUCAAGGAGUCACCAGCACUGUCAUCCUCCUCAGACUCGGAUGACCUGGACGAGCUGCCCUUCAUCCCCAUGCCACACCAGGUGGAGUUCUCCGGCUCCCGCAUGUCGCUCAAUGAGAUCCCCACAGAUGACGAGGCCAUUGGACCAUCUGAGGGGGCAUGGCUGGAGGAGGUCACACCAGAGGAUGUGUCUGCAAUGGAGUGGCAGAGCCAGGGCACAGGGAAGCCCACG